UUAUAGUCGUUUUAUGUUUCUUUAUAGUCAUUUAAUGUUUCUUUAUAGUCGUUUUAUGUUUCUUUAGCGACAUGUUGCAGGUGAAAGCCGGGGAACCAUCCGUGGUCUUAUUUAAAAGUAUAACUGGCCAAGCACAAGGGAGGAAACAUGGGGAAAGCAGCAGAGUUGCAGUGAGGCUCCUGUACCAGCAGGGGGCGAUAUAUAAAAAGUGUAAAACCACACUUUAGUGAAGUCUCCUUCCCACUUUCUCCCUUUUCUGUGGGACAGCAGGUAAAGGCGCAGUGCGGCGGGGCUGCAGCACUUGCAGACAGAGAGGCAGACAGACAGGCAGGCAGACAGGCAGGCAGGCAGGCAGGAGUUAACCUGUUGGACUGCUCCUCUUUUACUCUCACUCUCUGACUCCUCAUCACAACUCUCUGGACCAGCUCAGGAUUUGUACACUUUUCUUACAGUUUUAUGAGUUGGGAUGAAAUUCUCCUGAACUGACGCUGCUGUAAUGAGAUCCUCUGUCCUAGGAUCAGUGUGUGUUCUGCUCUUGCUGCUGCGGGAGCCUGCAUGCCAAGGUGAUGAGGUUACCUCCAGCACAGUGAACCCAUGCUGUUACUUCCCCUGCCAGCACUGGGGCGUGUGCGUCAGGCAUGGGGAGGAGAAGUACGAGUGUGACUGUACUCGUACAGGCUACAACGGGGAAAACUGCACCGUCCCCGAGUUUUGGACCAGAGUGCGUCAGUUCCUCAAGCCCACUCCAGAUGUGGUGCAUUACAUUCUCACCCACUUCCAGCGGCUCUGGGACGUCAUCAACUACACCUUCCUACGGGACGUCCUCAUGCGGGUCGUUCUCACAGCGAGGUCCGACUUAAUACCCAGCCCUCCAACCUUCAACUCCAAAUACGGCUACCUCAACUGGGAGUCCUACUAUAAUCUGAGCUACUACACUCGGAUUCUGCCUCCAGUGCCGGAGGACUGCCCGACAUCUCUGGGGGUCAAAGGCAAGGCUGGGCUGCCUGACCCUGAGCUGCUGGUUGAGAGGCUGCUGAAGAGAAGGACGUUCAGACCCGACCCCCAGGGCUCCAACCUCAUGUUCGCCUUUUUCGCACAGCACUUCACCCACCAGUUCUUUAAGACCUACAACCGCAUGGGUCUGGGCUUCACGAAGGCUUUAGCGCACGGGGUGGACGCAGGACACGUCUAUGGAGACAACCUGGAGCGUCAGCUGCAGCUCAGGCUUCACACGGACGGAAAACUCAAGUAUCAGUUAGUUGACGGCGAGAUGUACCCCCCCACUGUAGCGGAUGCUCCCGUUAAGAUGAGCUACCCCCCCGGGAUCCCUCCGGAGGCUCAGAUGGCGAUUGGUCAGGAAGUGUUUGGACUGCUUCCUGGUUUGGGGAUGUUCGCCACGCUUUGGCUGAGGGAGCAUAACCGAGUGUGUGACAUCCUGAAGGCGGAGCAUCCCACCUGGGACGAUGAGCAGCUGUUCCAGACCACACGCCUCGUCAUCAUCGGCGAGACGAUCAGGAUAGUGAUAGAGGAGUACGUGCAGCACCUCAGCGGAUACCUGCUGCAGCUCAAGUUUGAUCCCACGCUGCUGUUUAACUCCAACUUCCAGUAUGGGAACCGCAUCUCUCUGGAGUUCAGCCAGCUCUACCACUGGCACCCCUUGAUGCCCGACAGCUUCUUUAUUAACGGAGAUGAACUGGAGUACAGGCAGUUCCUCUUCAACACCUCUGUUCUCACACACUACGGCAUCGAGAAGCUGGUGGACGCUUUCUCUCGCCAGGUUGCUGGCCAGAUUGGCGGCGGCCAUAACAUCAACGCUGUGGUGACCAGCGUGGCCGUGCGGACCAUAAAAGAGUCCCGGCAGCUCCGCAUGCAGCCCUUCAACGAGUACAGGAAGCGAUUCAACCUCGAGCCGUACACAUCGUUCAGACAGUUCACCGCUAACGAGGAGAUAGCCGGCGAGCUUGAAGAACUCUACGGUGACAUUGAUGCUCUCGAAUUUUAUCCUGGAAUGAUGUUGGAGGAAACACGACAGGGGGCCAUCUUUGGACAGAGCAUGGUGGAGAUGGGUGCCCCCUUCUCCCUUAAAGGCCUCCUGGGAAACCCUAUAUGUUCUCCAAAUUACUGGAAGCCCAGCACCUUUGGGGGCAAAGUGGGCUUUGACUUAGUGAACUCUGCCACACUGAAAAAGCUGGUGUGUCUGAACACCAGGACGUGUCCUUACGUGGCGUUUAGAAUACCAACAGAGGAGCAAUCACAAAGCGGGAAAGAUGACAGUAAAGUAAGAACUGAUGACCAGCCAAACGAUUAUCUUGAAUCGGGGAGAUUUUUACUCGUAAUUGUCGCGAUAGGAGCCCGCGCGGUCACUGUAGCCACUUUGACCCCUGCUGUCUCUGUAGCCGGAAUAUCCGCCGCCUCCGCCUCCGCCUCCGCUUCUGUACUGGCCGCCGCCGCCACCACCAGACCGUCCCUCGCCGCCAUAGCUUCUUUCGCCGCCGCCGCCGCCGCCGCCGUAGCUUCUUUCGCCGUAGUUGCGGUGAGCGACAUGACUACUCUGGACGACAAGCUUCUGGGAGAAAAGCUGCAGUACUACUACAGCAGCAGUGAGGGCGAAGGCAGCGACAACGAGGAUGAGGAAGAGGAGAACAAGACCAUCCGGGACACUAACCUCACUGAGCCUGAGAUAGAAUACAGUGCAGAUGGAAGUGCUGUCAACACAGGACCAAAGGGUGUCAUUAAUGACUGGAGAAAGUACAAGCAGCUGGAGGUGGAGCAGAAACAAGAGCAGAAGAAAGAGAUGGAGAGACUGAUCAAGAAGCUGUCGAUGACCUGCCGCUCUGAACUCGACCAGGAAAAAGAUAAACAGAAAGAGAAAGAGCUGCAGGACAAAAUCAAAGGCAAAAUGACCAUGCAGGAGUACAACAUGCUCCAGCAAGAAGAGGAUGACGAAGACUUCCUACAGCAUUACCGUAUGCAGCGCAUUGAAGAGAUGCGGCGUCAGCUCUGCCGUGGCAAACGCUUUGCGCAGGUCUAUGAGCUUAACUGCGGAGAGGACUUCCUGGAGGCUUUGGACAAGGAGGACAUAAGCAUACUGGUCGUGAUCCACAUCUACGAGCCGGACGUCCCGGGCUGUGAGGCCAUGAGAGGCAGCCUGAUGUGUCUGGCUCAAGAAUACCCGCUGGUCAAGUUCUGCAGCGUACGCAGCUCGGCCAUCAGCACCAGCGCACUGUUCAGAGACAGUGCUCUGCCCGCUCUGCUCGUUUACAAAGGAGGGGAUCUGCUCGGUAACUUCGUGCGGGUCACAGACCAGCUCGGGGAAGACUUCUUUGCUGUCGACCUGGAGGCCCUGCUGCAGGAGUACGGCCUGCUGCCCGACAAGCUGCCCACCUCCCAGACGACGGUUCGUAAUGGAGCCAUCGUGCAGCACACUGUGAGCGAUGAGGACUCUGACCUGGAUAUAGACUAGAGCCGUAAUAUCUAACAUGUAUUAUAUGCUUGAGAAACAUCCACACACAGUCUGCAUGGACUAUAGAUUAUUUUUAUGUAUGUGGACCCCCGUAGCGAUGACGCACUGAGCCAGGAUUGCCAUGUUACUACUCGCACAUCAACACACAACCAGCAUUUAAGCAAGUAAAUGCACUCAAAACUAAGGCUGCAAAUAACGAUUCUUUUCAUUAUCGAUUAAUCUGCCGAUUUCUAUUUUUCUCAAUUAAUCAUUUGGUCUGUAAAAUGUCAGAAAAUAGUUUCUCAAAGUCCAAGGUGAUGUCUUUUCCAAAAAUAUAUUCACUUUAAUAUGAUUUAAAACAGAAAAUGAGGAAAUCUCCAUAUUUGAGAGAUUAAAAAUAGCAUUUUCUGACAUUGUUGCACGACUUUAUCGAUUAAUCGGAUAUCACAAGUCGGCGAUUAUUUUUCAGUCUAUCGACCAAUCGUUGCUACUCUACACAAUCCAUGGUAACCAUAAGAUGUAACUAAUAAGAGUAAAUUCUGGCCAUUACUAAUAUUAAGGACUUGUUAAACAGUGAAAAUGAUGUAAUGUUAGCUUAAAUGUUUUCUUUGUGUUGUGAAUGUCGACUAUUUAUUCGUUGUGGUAAAACACAUUCCCUCUUUUCUUCCAUGUGCAUCUUUAUGUAUUAAAUGUGUUUCACUCUAUAGAAUAUGAACCCCGCAGCCCAAACUGACUUAGUUAAUUUUAUAACUUUUAUAUGUGCUGUACCAUUUAAAAUAGUGGGAAGAAUAAACAAAUGUUUGAACUCAC